AUGUCCGGCAACACAAUGAGAGGGACGCCCAACCGCAAUCAAGGCAGGGGCAACAUUCCCUUUGCCAGCAGUCCUGCAGCAUCUGGUAUUCCACGACCGGCCGGCGAGUCGCAGCCCUCCGAGGCUGGCUCGUCUGUCAGUGCUAGUCGCCAGAAGCAGAGCAAGCGUGAUGAGGCGAUCCGGCGAAAAAUGGAAAAUGACCUCUCCAAGAAGAAGCACUUGACGAAUCGCGCUCGACACUCCCGCAAGGCACCUCCGGGCACUGUCAUGGCCCUCAAGCCCAGCCAGGCACUUCAGAUCAAGCCUAACACGACUGUUUCCGAGGCUGCCCAGCUCAUGGCCGCCAAGCGGGAGGAUUGCGUUUUGGUUACCGACGAUGACGACCGCAUUGCCGGCAUCUUCACCGCCAAGGAUCUGGCCUUCCGCGUCGUCGGUACCGGUCAAAAGUCGAGUAACGUCACGAUUGCCGAAAUUAUGACCAAAAACCCUCUCUGCGCCCGAACCGACACCAGCGCUACCGAUGCUCUCGACCUCAUGGUCCGCAAGGGCUUUCGUCACUUACCUGUUAUGGACGAGAACCAGGAUAUUUCCGGUGUCCUCGAUAUCACAAAGUGCUUCUACGAUGCUAUGGAGAAGCUUGAGCGCGCCUACUCGUCGUCCAGAAAGCUUUAUGAUGCUCUGGAGGGAGUUCACUCUGAACUGGGUACUAACCAGCCCCAGCAGAUUAUUCAGUACGUUGAGGCUCUUCGCAGCAAAAUGUCGGGCCCAACACUGGAGACUGUCCUCAACGGCAUCCCCCCCACAACAGUCAGCGUACGGACGUCUGUCAAGGAGGCUGCUGCGCUCAUGAAGGAGAAUCACACAACCGCUGUCCUUGUUCAGGACCAGGGGGCCAUCACCGGCAUCUUUACAAGCAAGGAUGUUGUUCUGCGUGUCAUUGCUCCCGGGCUAGACCCCGCCAAUUGCAGUGUCGUGCGUGUCAUGACACCCCAUCCUGAUUUUGCGCCCAUGGACAUGACCAUCCAGGCUGCUCUUCGUAAGAUGCACGAUGGUCACUACCUCAACCUUCCCGUCAUGAACGAUGGUGGCGAGAUCGUCGGCAUGGUCGACGUUCUCAAGCUGACUUACGCCACACUGGAGCAGAUCAACUCCAUGUCGACUGGUGACGGCGAGGGUCCUGCUUGGAGCAAGUUCUGGCUUUCUAUUGAUAAUGAGACUGAGUCCAUGGUUUCUGGUGACGGUAGCCAACACCACACAAACCUUGGAUCGCGUAUGAUGACCCCCGAUGUCGCCCGUGAUCGCUUGGGGGAUAGCGUUGCUCCGGGUGACUCUGCGUCUCACGUUGGGUCUCACCACGAUGCCGAAAUCCCCCCGGCCGAUGUACCAUUUCCCUUCAAGUUCAAGGCACCUUCGAACCGCGUGCAUCGUUUACAGGUCGUGGCCUCGCAAGGUAUUGAGGCCUUUGUCGCUGCCGUUGCGUCUAAGCUCGGCAACGAGGUGGAGUCCAUUGGUGGUGUGCCGACCGCCGAGGAUGGCAAGCUGGGUAACACUGGCUUUGCUGUAAGCUACAUGGAUGACGAGGGCGAUACCGUCUCCAUCACGACAGAUAAUGAUCUACUCGAGGCUAUCCUGCUGGCUCGCCAGGGUCGCCGCGACAAGGUGGAGCUUUUCGUUCACGACCCAGAGAAGCCGCCUGUUGCCCCGAUCGCGCCUGUAGAGACGCCAGUGAUCGCCACUCCUCCCACAUCGACUGCUCCGGUGGUCCGCGAAAGACGCCGGGCGUACGAUGAUGAAGAUGAGGACGAUGACGACGAAGACGACGAGGACGGGCCCGCGCCCGUGCGCAGAUCGCGCCGGAAUCGCAACGCGGCGGCUCCGGUGCAGGAGCAAAUCAUCGCUGGUGUCCCCAAUGACUUGCUGCUUCCCGGUGCUAUUGUGACAUUGGCCGUUGUGAUUGUCGGUGUCUUUACCAUUGCUCGCGCCACCAGCCGCUAA